CGUGCGUCCGUGCGCGUCCCCGUCGGAGACGUCAUGAGCGUCUUACUACCCAACAUGGCGGACUUUGAUACCAUUUAUGAGUUAGAAGACGAAGAGGAUGAGCGCGUAGUGAGUGAGGAACACCUGCCCAGAUACUGUCCGGAGCCCGUGGUGAUGCGAGGGGCCGGGCACAUCACAGUGUUUGGACUGAGCAACAGAUUUGAUACAGAAUUUCCGUCUGUUCUCACGGGAAAGGUAGCGCCAGAAGAAUUCAAAACCAGCAUCAGCAGGGUGAAUGCUUGUUUGAAGAAGAACUUGCCUGUGAAUGUGAAGUGGCUUCUUUGCGGCUGCCUGUGUUGUUGCUGUACAGUAGGCUGCAGUCUAUGGCCUGUUAUCUGCCUCAACAAGAGAACAAGAAGGUCUAUUCAGAAGUUGUUAGAGUGGGAAAAUAACAGACUAUACCACAAGCUGGGGCUGCACUGGAAACUCAGUAAAAGAAAAUGUGAAAGCAGUAAUAUGAUGGAAUAUGUGAUUCUUAUAGAAUUCUUACCCAAAUAUCCUAUAUUCCGACCAGACUGAGGAGGCUGUUAACAGACCGGACGUGUGGCCCUUGAAUCUUAUCCUUAGUGCCUUGUAUAUACAGUAUGUUGGAAUAAGGGUCUGCACUGGUGUCUCUCGUGACGACCCUGUACAUCUCCCAGUACCUUGUACAUUAGAAUUUGCAACACUGUCACUUUGCUUUAGAGCAGAUUUUGCACAUUUUCCCGACAGAACUAGGACAUGUCCCCUUUUGUUGCACUCUGAUGUGUUUUUGUUACAUGUGACAAAUGAGUGAAAAAAAAACAAAACGUAACUCUCGAAAAGUGCAUUUACCCCAAAGAACCAUCAGCCUGUAUCCCAUCUAUUAUAUCAGUGAAUCCUUGCAAAGAAUGUGAUGCCUCCACCUUCCUCAAGUAUCCUUGCCUUAUGUAUGAUUUUAUAAAAAAAAAUAUGUUAACAGGAGGACGAAGGCAUCGGGUGAUUCAACAAGUCUGUAGAUUCCAGUGCUGUUUGUUGGGUUUCCCCUCUUUGAAUCUUUGCAAGUAGAUGGGACGGUUGAAAUUGCCUAAUGUACGGUGUACGCCAUCACCCUGUGUGUUUUCUUUACAUUUAACCCUCUGUACAUGGGAACUAGCUAGUAAAGGAAGUUGACCUGUAAAUACCAUGUUAGGAUAAGCUGUACAGUGGUAUACCAUUGUUUACAUAAAAUUACUUAGCUCUUUAGUUGUUGUUUUUUUUUGCCAAUAUAUUACUGUACUAUAGUUUUGAUUAAUGAAAGAUGUCUAUGUACCUUUCUAGUUUAUAUGGACCUGUUUACCUUUGUAAGCCAUAUAGUUACAAUGUACAUGAUGCCACAGUUAGGACUGAUAAUUGCACUUGAGCCCGAUAGAAAGUCAGGAUUUCAGCAUUUCAUGCAUCCUGAAUAUUCAUCCAGUGACAACAGCAGUGCAUUUUAUCAUGUGGUUUUUUUUUGCCAAUGAAGAUGACAUUCGGUGAGACCGUUCAAGAUGCAGUUGGAAAGUAACGAUUUGAACUCUGCACUUCCGCUCAUUUAUUAAAUAUUUUUUCAAUUAUUUUAUCCCAACUUUGCAUUAAUUUUUUUUUUUAUAGUUUUGUACUUUUCCCUGUGGUGUUCUUGGUCCUCCUGAUGUGUUAGGAAGCACACUCGUCUACCGUACAUGGCGUAUUGAGCAGAUGGCUCCUUUGUUUCAAUCAUUCUGUCCGGUGUUAGUGUUAUUUUCCUGCAUCUUUGUCAAGAGAUUGCUGCAUUGCUUUGUAUUAGAGUGCCUCUGGAGUAGUUGUGGAACCACAGAGAAGUACAGGUUGAAAUCUGUUCUCUUAUACAAAGGAGAUUUGAAAUUCUCCACCCAGUAUUGUCCCUGUUACAAUUCUUGUAAAUGUUUGUCAUGAUGACUUAAUCCCUAUGGAGAGAGAAAAUAAAUUGUCGAUUUUGA